UGGUUUCUGAGGAGAGUGAACACUAUGGUAAAGUCCAGGGAGAAAUCACGUUAAGAUUCAGGACCACUGAACACAGUGAUCUCUGAUCAUAGUGUCGGUGAACGUGAAAGAGCAUGCCUACAUCCAGCUUCGUAUGUGUGAGCGGGUGAGAGCGAGAGAGCGUUCCAUCAUCCAACUCCUGCAGCUUUUUCUCUCUAUGAUAUCCUCCUCCUCCUGAAGAGAGUGCGAGAGAGAGAAGGGGAACGACGACAAGAAGAGAAACAGCAUAGAGAUUAAAAGCGUGCUCUCUUUUUUGUAUCGUGCUGCUCCUGCUUCCUCUCACCCAAGGCAGGGAAAGAAAGAAAGAAAGAAAGAAAGACAGGAGAGGGCUCUGUCCAUCCUUCUCUCUCUUCUGUCCCUGUGUUCAGCUGGGAGUGCAAGAUUUUUUUCCACUGUUGGGGGACACUUUGGAGGAAACUCUAGGGACCAGGGAAACAAGGAGAAGCUGAGAGCCACGAUGCUCAACAACCUCACCGAGUGUGAGGAGGGAGAGGGGGGAGCAAACAGCCAGGGAGAUGGGAAUCCCAAGGAGAGCAGUCCUUUCAUCAACAGCAGUGAUCCAGAGAAAGGCCAACAGUAUGAUAGGAAAAACAUGGCACUGUUCGAGGAGGAGAUGGACACUAGUCCUAUGGUAUCGUCUCUACUUAGUAGCCUUGCCAACUAUUCCAACCUGCCUCAGGGCAGCAAGGAACACGAGGAAGCUGAGAACAACGAAGGAUCUCGCAAGAAGCCUGUACAGGCUCCACAGAUGGGCACACUGAUGGGAGUAUAUUUCCCCUGUAUGCAGAAUAUUCUAGGUGUGAUCCUGUUUUUGAGGAUGACCUGGAUGGUGGGAAUUGGUGGAGUCAUCGAGUCCUUCAUCAUUGUCCUUAUGUGCUGCUCCACGACUAUGUUAACUGCAAUUUCAAUGAGUGCCGUCGCCACCAAUGGAGUAGUACCAGCCGGCGGAUCUUACUACAUGAUCUCUCGUUCACUUGGCCCCGAGUUUGGUGGCGCUGUGGGGAUCUGUUUCUACCUGGGGACCACCUUUGCUGGAGCCAUGUACAUUCUAGGCUGUAUUGAGAUCUUACUGAUCUACAUUGCGCCACAGGCAGCCAUCUUUAAGAUGGAAGAUUUGGAGGGCCCAGAGGCAGAGGCAGCUAUGUUGAAUAAUAUGCGAGUGUAUGGCACUUUGGUGCUGACCUUCAUGGCCGUGGUGGUAUUUGUGGGUGUGAAGUACGUCAAUAAGCUUGCGCUGGUUUUCCUGGCCUGUGUUAUUUGCUCCAUCCUGGCAGUGUAUGCCGGAGUCAUCAAGACUGCCUUUGAACCACCUGUGUUUCCGGUGUGUGUUCUGGGGAAUCGGACUCUAGUUUGGAAAGGCUUUGAUAUAUGUGCUAAAGUGAUUGAGAAAGACAAUGUUACAGUCACUACCAAACUCUGGAGUCUGUUCUGUGACUCUGAGUUCCUCAAUGCCACCUGUGACAGCUACUUCACCAACAACAACGUGACGGAGAUAGCGGGCAUUCCUGGCGUCACCAGUGGCAUUCUGAAAGAAAACUUGUUUGGAAACUAUAUGGAGAAGGGUGCUUAUCUGGAGAAGCUGGGCCUUUCUUCAGAGGAGGAGCCAGACGCUCUGCCCACUAACACUAAAAACUAUGUGCUAUCGGACAUCACUAGUUUUUUCACACUCCUGGUUGGGAUCUACUUCCCUUCAGUUACGGGCAUCAUGGCAGGUUCGAACCGCUCUGGUGAUCUGCGGGAUGCUCAGAAGUCCAUCCCCAUUGGUACCAUUCUGGCUAUCAGCACCACCUCCUUCAUCUACAUGUCUAGUGUUUUGCUGUUUGGCUCCUGCAUUGAGGGAGUUGUCCUGAGAGACAAAUUCGGUGAGGCAGUAAGAGGGAACCUGGUGAUAGGAACGUUAGCGUGGCCCUCUCCCUGGGUCAUCGUCUUCGGCUCUUUCUUUUCCACUUGUGGGGCGGGGCUUCAGAGUUUGACUGGUGCACCACGUCUUCUGCAGGCCAUCGCUAGGGAUGGGAUAGUGCCGUUUCUUAGAGUAUUCGGUCAUGGCAAAGCAAACGGGGAGCCCACGUGGGCUCUGCUCCUGACUGCCUGCAUCUGUGAGUGUGGAAUCCUUAUCGCUUCUCUGGACUCAGUCGCGCCAAUCCUCUCAAUGUUCUUCUUGAUGUGCUAUAUGUUUGUGAACCUUGCAUGCGCUGUACAGACUUUGUUACGGACCCCCAACUGGAGACCUCGCUUCAAAUUCUACCACUGGGCUCUGUCAUUCCUGGGCAUGAGCCUGUGUCUCUCGCUCAUGUUCAUCUGCUCUUGGUACUAUGCCAUUGUUGCCAUGGCAAUCGCCGGCUGUAUCUACAAGUAUAUCGAGUUCCGGGGGGCAGAGAAAGAGUGGGGUGAUGGAAUCCGUGGGCUGUCCCUGAGUGCAGCACGCUACGCACUUAUGAGGCUGGAAGAGGGGCCACCACACACCAAGAACUGGAGGCCUCAGAUCUUAGUGCUAGUCAGUAUGGAUGCAGAGCAGAAUGUUGAACAGCCUCGUCUUCUGUCUCUGACCAGUCAACUGAAAGCAGGGAAAGGACUCACAAUUGUGGGCACUGCACUAACCGGAAUCUUCCUGGACGAUCACCCUCUGGCCCAACAAGCCGAACAGUCCCUGAAGAAGCUAAUGGAAGCAGAGAAGGUGAAGGGUUUCUGCCAGGUGGUGGUUUCCUCCAACAUCCGCGAUGCCACCUCGCACCUGGUGCAGGUCAGUGGGCUCGGAGGCCUCCAGCACAACACCGUGCUCCUAAGCUGGCCACGUAACUGGAAACAGGCUGAAGAUCAUCAGCUGUGGAGGAACUUCAUCGAGUUGGUCAGAGAGACCACGGCUGCCAGUAAAGCCUUGCUGGUGGCUAAGAAUAUUGCAGCUUUCCCAUCGAAUGGUGAGCGCUUCACUGAGGGUUACAUCGAUGUGUGGUGGAUUGUUCAUGAUGGUGGCAUGCUCAUGCUACUGCCCUUCCUCCUGCGCCAUCACAAGGUGUGGAGGAAGUGCAGGAUGCGCAUCUUCACUGUGGCUCAGAUGGAUGAUAAUUCUAUUCAGAUGAAGAAAGACUUAACCACCUUCCUGUACCACUUGCGUAUCGACGCCCAGGUGGAAGUAGUAGAGAUGCAUGACAGCGACAUCUCAGCCUACACCUAUGAAAAGACCCUGAUGAUGGAACAGCGCUCUCAGAUCCUCAAGCAGAUCAAUCUCACUAAGACAGAGCGUGAGCGUGAGAUUCAAAGCAUCGCUGAUAGUUCACGUGGUUCGAUUCGUCGCAAGAACCCAGCGACAGUCAACACCCAUCUGAGUGUGACUGAGGAAGCAGCAUCCAGCAGCAAGGAGGAUAAACCAGAGGAAGAGGAGCAGCUCAUCCACGAUAAGAGCACCAACCCACCAACACCCGCCACCCCACAGUCCCCUGCCACUGAGGCCGUGACUCCCAGCACAGCUGUCCAGAUGACCUGGACCGAGGCCAAAUGUGAUGGAGAGCAGCCCAAACCUCCAGGAGCCAGCACACCUGGGGCCAUCAAAGACCUUUUCAGUAUGAAACCAGAGUGGGAGAAUCUAAACCAGUCCAACGUCAGACGCAUGCACACUGCUCUCAGACUCAAUGGUGAAAUCGUGAAGAAAUCUGGUGAGGCCAAGUUGGUGCUGCUCAACAUGCCUGGACCACCUAAGAACAGAACUGGAGAUGAGAACUAUAUGGAAUUCCUUGAGGUUCUCACUGAGGGUCUCAACCGUGUCCUCCUCGUACGUGGUGGAGGUCGUGAGGUCAUCACCAUUUAUUCUUGAAAGAACAACUUGCCCACAAACCCACCCCCAGCCUCAACCCUGAAAAAUGUUUCAUUCACAUAGUCAAACCCCAAAACAUUCCCCUACCACCCCCAAGCAAUAUCCCAGAAUUCCCUGCGCUUAUCUGACCCCCACCCUAAAAUGGAGCUACGACAGAUCCUCAUAUUGCCCGCUCUCUCUCUCUCUCUCUCUAUAAGGAGCCCUCAUUAAGGCCUUCUACUCAUUUUCCAUGCAGUUUUCUCAUUGGCCACCGCAUGUUCUUGGCCUAUUCUCAUUCUUGUUUGUUGUUUGUAAUCCGAUGAUCUAUGAUUUGCCCUGCUGAGUUCAGUGCCACAUAUGAUACAAGGAAAAACUAUUGAUGUCAGUACGUUUUCUGCUGCAUUCCUGACGUUUUCUCCAACCCCUACUUUUCCCAUCCAAUCAGGAGACGUCUGAAGGUCGCAGAAAUAGAAAGGUUUUAGGAGCUUUCUGCUUCCUCUAAGGCUUUGGUUUGUACAUUUAUUUAUUUAUUUAUUUAUUUAUUUAUUUAUUUAUUUAAAAACAAAAGCCUAAACUUUCCAGAAAGAGUUCAGAAGUCAGACAAGCUGAGGAUCUGUCAGUCGUUACAUCACUGUGAUGAAGCAAUGAGUUUUGCGAUGGACCCGGACCAAGGAGCUGACAGAGAUGGUGGCACGCCGCUAUUUUUGCCACAUUGUGGGCUGAAUUCCCAGAAGUCAUGUGUCAUGAGAAGGACUGACAGUCACGGAAAGAGACUCUCACGCUGUGAUGUUUCAGUUUGAUGUGGCCAUAUUCGCCACCCACAUAGUGUGCUAGGUGGAAACACUUUGAUCCCCCGGACUGUACUUGGAAAAAACAUACAUUUGUGCUCUGUUUUCUUGGCACAGUUCUGCCAUUUUUUGAAAUUUGUGUUUAUUUGUGUUUAAUUGUUGUCCUCUGCGUAUGCCCUGAAAUUUUUCACUUCUCCUGAUUGGAUGUGAAUAGCUAUUCCCUGCCAAACACUAUAUGUGCCAAAACAAUAGUGGGAAGAUCUGUGAUUUGCUGUCUCAAAAUGACAGAACAAGAAAAAAAACAAAAACAAAUAGGACUUAUCUGUAUUAUCUGAGUGUCAUAAGUGAGAGGAAACAUGUAACAAACAGAAUGUUGGAGGAGGAGGAGGUGGAGGAGGAGGAGGAGCAGAUAAAAGUCUACAUGGUGUAAAAUCUCAGAGGUAUUGAGAAAUAUCGGUUUUCUGGGAUUCACUACUAAGAAAGCCACAGGGUUGAUGCUAAGAGUCUUCAGGAUGACUUUAGGCUUUUCACUGUGGCAUUGGGAAGUGUACUGUACUGUACUGUACUGUAGCCCCCUUCACGAGCACUCAACCUGCACUGGCAGCCACUGUGUAACAAGUGAUUUGAUGAGUCUGUGGAUUCAUUAAGUGUGUGUGUGUGUGUGUGUGUGUGUGUGUGUGUGUGUGUGUGUGUGUGUGUGUGUGUGUGUGUGUGUGUGUGUGUGUGUGUGUGUGUGUGUUCAUAUGAUCCAUCUGUGGGAACUUGAAGCAUUUUAGUCGCUUUUUACAAACAUGAAAAUGUGUUUGUUACAUUUACAGAAAGAUCUAUAUAAAAUACCACUACUAUAUAUACAUAUAUAUUCUGUAUUGGACCACACCAAAAGAAAUCGUAAAACUAUAUGAUACACAUGUUGAUUGUGCCAUAUGACUGACAAUACAUAUCAGUUUAAAUAUUAUUAGUGCGAGCUAACUUGAAUAUACAUAGGAAGAAGUAAAAACUGUCAAAAGACAGAAAGGAAAUAUAUUGUCCCGAAACUCAUGCAAGUAAAAAUGCAAUCGUAUACAAAGCGUCUAUGGGAUGUGGUCUAGACGGAGUUGCUGAAGGAGUAGUUUAAGCAACAUCUUUUACCGAUCGAAUAGUACGAAAUGAAAUGAAUGUUAGAGACGAUCUGAAAGUGCAUAAAGAACUGGUUGUGCAAUAGCUGAAACUGGAAAAGUCAUAUAAUCAUUGCAUUAUUUAUUUUUGUAUGCAGAUACUUUUGUAAAUGUCGGUUUUAUUUUGGGGAGUUUUCACAUAAAAAGCAGUAAGAGUUUAAGUAUGUGAUUUGUUUCUGCUCAGAUAAACACUGUUAUUGUCACUUGUACUUCACUAAUUAGCAUUCAUAUGUAUAUAGAUAUAUAGCUGUAUUACACACCGAUCAGCCAUAACGUUAAAAACACUAGCUUAUUAUUAUUAGGUCCCUUCAUGUUGCCAAAAGGGCUCUGUUUUUUGAGUCAUUAACUCUACAAAACCUCUAAAGGUGUGCUGUGGUAUCUGUCACCAAGAAAUUAGCAGCAGAUCCUUUACUGUAAGUCCUGUAAAUAACGAGGGAGAGCCUGAAUAAAUCUGACAUGUUUUUCCAGCAUAUUCAACAGAUAUUUGAUCAAAUUCAAAUCUGAGGAAUUUGGAGGCCAAAUAAACACCUUGAACUCUUUGUCAUGCUCCUUAAACCGUUCCUGAACAUUUUGUCUUCUCUUCAAACAUAUUAGGUCGGUAGAGAUAUAUAUAUAUAUCCCAAUUUUUCACAGGUGCCAUUGUAAUGUAAUAAUCAAUGUUUUUUCAAUUCAUCUGUCAGUGGUUUUUAAUGUUGUGGCUGAUCUAUUUAUACAUAAUGUAUGUCAUAUAUCACUAGUGAAGCAAGUGACAACAAUUUUUAUCAUCACUUGCACACACAAAUAUAUAUAUAUAUACUGUUUUAAAUGCAUAAAUCCAUAUAUUGUGAAUGCUGCUAGUGUGUGAAUAGAUAUGUAUAUACAUAGAACUAAAGUAUUUACAGAAAUAUUACAGGAUAGUACUAAGAGGGGCAGACAUACAAAAAUACAUAUCAGCACUGGUGAUUGUUGUAUUUAAAACAUUUCAGUUGAGUGGGCUUUCAGACCUAUCAGCAGUCAGCUUUUUGGUGAAUCUAAAAGCAGUCAUUGUAUUUCACAAUUAUAUAUUAUACAUGCAGCAAAGCAUGUGAGAAUAUGGCUGCGUUCAGGCGUGAAGUUAAAGGAAGAAUUCACUCUGAGCCACCACUUGCACUCUUAUUUGCUUUCAGUAUGAACCACACACCAUAUAUAUAUAUAUGAGGAUGAGAAAGUGUUGCCUGCGUAGACUGAGCCUAGCCUUUCAACACGUUUCCCAAAAAAAGAUCACGAGCUUAUUCGAACAGCUCAUUUUAUCUGAUUUCAUUCUGAUGAUUUUGUAAUCGUUGUUUGCAUGGUUCAAUUAUGAUUAUUUGUUUUGGUGGUUUAUGUUGUGUAUUCUGUGAAAGAAGAAAAGUGUGAGGGAUCCGUUAGAGCCCAUGUUGCUAAUGGUUGUGUUGCAAUACAUCUAGCAGUGCUCGAAGGUACAGUAGUGUGCCGGAGUGACCGUGGUCGAGUGACUAGGAUCAUGGCUGGCUGUAGCUUCGGGUGCAUAAUACUAUACUGUUGUGUUUUGAUAUUUCCGUAGUUAGAUUAGCAGGAGACUUGGAGCGUGCUAGAUAUGUUGUCUUUUUUGACCUUGUGUGUUACUGCUCUAAUACACUGAUCAUUUUGUUGUAUUGUGAGACUUUUAGUACAAAGUGGUUAAGGAUCCAUCCACUUCUUUUGGAAGGUUACGUGCAAUACUGUUUCUCUUGAGGGUUGGAUGUUUGUAUGUGAGCAUGUGAGAAAUAUUUUUUAUGUCUGCUUUAUUUGUGGUCCUGUAGGCCAUGGUGUUCAUCAGCACUCUUUGUGUGCUAGAGGAUUUUACGUCACAUCUGUUCUAUGGUGGCUGAUACAGAAAUGCACUUUAUACAGGGUUGACGUUCUUUCCAGCGAUGAUGACGAUGUCAUUCGGGGUACCUUUGCUAUUUGAGCCUGCUGGAUCCAAUCGGAGUUUUCAGCUUCCUCUAGUGGCAAAAGUGUGUAGUUCAGUCAUGGGGAAGCGGCAGUUGUUUCAUGGUUGCAGAACGAAUACAUUCUCUGCUAGUUACAGUACAUACUACCUGAUCGAGACAGUUUUCACUCUGCUGCAUGAACCUAGAUGUAUAUUUAUUUUUGCACUUAUUGUGUAUCAAUAGCUCUUUUGUCUCGAUUCUUCACACUAUAAGACACGUUCAAAAAUAUAUUUCCUACGCAGAAUCAAUGCAGUGACUCCCUCCCAUGCUUCACCAGCUGCCAUACCCAACAAUCUCCCAAUCACACACACAUACACACACACACUCUCUCUCUCUCUCUCUGUGUCUUUCUCUAUCCCUAGAUCACCUGCCAUUCCUAGCACUGUAUUAAAAUGUGAUCUCAGUAGACAUAUGAUUAUUGAUCAAAGACUAUAAACAAGCGCUUCCACUACUGGGUCUGGCUCUGUUAAAAUGGACAAUCCUCCUUCUCCACCUGUAAUUUUAGAGAGAAAUCUUGCUAAUCUGUAGCAAGGAGAUGAAUCAACCAUUCCACGAGUGGUUCGGAGAACAAACGCUGUUCUUCACAGAGAGCUUUUAAGAGAUAUGAUUUUGCCAUCUUUGAAAUAUAAAGGGCUCCAGAUAACAAUCCAUAUUUGGUUUUGAAGUGUGACAACUAUAAGACAUCUCUACAGGGACAGCUUGGGUUUUUUUGUUAAGCUAUACAAGCACAUAUAAUGCUUGGAGCUACAUAGGUGGAAAAUACAUUAAGGUUUCAUCAAAGUAACAUGAAACAUUAGUCAGAGAAGGUCUGAAUGAUUUGCGUCUCAUAAAAUCUAAGAGACACGCAGCAGAAUAAUCUUACUGAGAAAAAAAACAAUAUUAUAAUAUUUGAUAA